UUUAUCUAUUUCUUUUUUUUUGUGAAUUUUGAUGAUAUGUAUGUAGUUGAGGACAUAAAUUUAUGAGGACUUACAAUGACGAGGCAUCCAAAAACGAAACAAAAAUAAAAAAGCCAACUUUACACACACUCACGCACAAAAAAAAAACAAACAAAUGAGAAGCUGAAAAUUAGGCAGAGGGGAGAGGUGUGGUGGGGUGGCGGGGGUAAUGUGCAGACACAGAAUAAACGAGUUUCAUUCAACCAUUGCCACAGGAAAGUUCUCACACUUGUUUCUGGUAGAGAAAGACCUCCUGAUCAACGUGAGUUAGUUCGUAGACUUGAAUUGUGGUAUGCGUUUGAAAAUACAGGGCUUUUUUCGUUACUCGCUCAUCAUUUCAACCUGGAAACGAGGCUGGGAUCUUAAUUGACCUUUCAUCUCUAACUAGAAAAGUGAAUGCGAUUAGAAAUGGAUGGAGACUUCAGUAGAUGUGAAGCAUAUGGCAAGGAUGGCGUUUGUGGUGUAAGUUUCAAAUUAGAGGGCUUUUCUGUCACUCGCCCUAUAUCUCGACAUGGGAACGAUGCUGGAAGCUAAAGAGACCUUUUAGCUCCCAAUGGAUACCCGAAUGCGAUGGAAAAUUGGUGGAGACUUCACAGCCAGACGAAAAGGAUGCAGCAAUGGUUCUUGUUGGAAUCAAUAUCGUGGCAAGUAUUUUGGGCACCUUGGGUAACUUAUUCGUAUUAAUUACAGUGUGUACCACUCAAGGUAUGGUCUCCAGUUUUCAUUACUUCAUCCUAAGUCUUGCUACCGCGGAUUUAAUGGUUGCACUCUUGGAUCAACCCCUUCUCGUUGCUCUUAUUGGUGCACACAUGAACUUCAAAUGUCUUCCAUUCGUGGAUGAAGCCUUUCGAGCAAUUGGCAACUUUGCAUGUGCUGUCUCGUUGUUGACACUGGCUUUGAUUGCUCUUGAUCGGUGCUUGUUUGUAUUACCGUCGAUUAAUUACAAGAACACGAUGACAACAGGGAAAAAGAUAGUUUUAGCCGUAGUGUGGACUUUGGCCUGUGGAUACGCUGCUCUACGGCUCACUGUAGACAAAAAGAUCACAUCCUAUCUUACUGCCGCCGUGUUCGGCGUUUCUUACGUAGAGAUGAUCCUAUGUUACACUGUAGUGUAUUACCAAGUUUUCAAACAACGCGAAUUUCUCAAUGCGUCACGAGGGCGCUUUCAGACAGCAGAGCAGGUCGAAUCACUGGAAAACCAAGCCCAAAAUAUUACUUUAGAGCGGCGUUUUGCUCGCACCAUCGUUAUGGUUUUGUUCGUUUUCACAGGAGGAUGGUUUUUACUUUUCUAUCUGCGGUUGACACAACCUGAAAAGAACUACGGCAUCAUGUACAACACUGCACGCACUGUAGCACUUUCAGCUUCUGCCAUAAACCCUGCUCUUUACUGCCUCAAUAAUAAAGAAUAUUGGCGAGCGUUCAAAAGGAUUUUGAUUAAAUUGGUCUGUGUUGGUUCAAAGAGAAAGCGAAGGGUGAACUAUGAACGGAUCAAGUGAAAGCAAAUUUAGGACUUUCACCUUUUGCCGCCAACCCUGCGCUGCACUGCCUCAACAAGAAAGAAUAUCGGUGAGCGUUCAAUAAGAUUUAAAUGAAAUUGGUUUGUGUUAGUUCAAAGACAAAGCCAAGGGAGAACUAUGAACGUAAUCGUGAAAGCGGAAGUAUAGCUCCGGAAGUGAACUAAGGAAGUGGCGGUGACAUACACACGUGACAGUGCGAUUUCAUGACACUGCGAAGUCACGGUGGUGUGGAGGAAAUUUCUCCACUGCAUUAUAAUUAGUAAAACGAUAUUUAGAGAAUUGGAAAAGUAAUUAAGCCUGAGUCUGUCUCGCUUUGCAAAUCCUUUUGCUCAGCGAGAAAUGGCCGCCAUCUUUGAUUUUUUUGUGCAGCGGAAGGCUGGAGGGAGAAAGAAAUAUAUACCAAGGGGGUGAGUGACGGUUUAGAAUUAAGAGAGGGGCUAGGGAAGGGAAGGCUAUAUUACGCGUCCUAUCACCCCUUCCCCUGCCGUUGACUCUACUUCCAAAUUGACCGCCUCCCGGUUAGCUCAAUGGAUAGAGCGCUGAACUGUUGUGCGGGAGAUCAAGGGUUCGAGCCCCGG